AUGGGCCGAGCGCGUCCUUACCAGUUGCCUCACCGCAACCACCCGUCUUGUCGGACUUCUUUGCCGCGCCACGAAGCAACCCGUCUCGUUGGACUUCUACGCCGCGCCACAGAGCAACCCGGCGACGCCGACCGCUUCGCCCCUCAGGUUUGUCGCCGUCUCUCGACUGUACAACCCGGUAGCAGCAGGUUCACAUGCAUGGCCCGCGCAGCUUCUCGCACAUUGCGACUCCGUCGACGCAUUGAAAUGAUCCGCCGUGCGUGCCUGUUACUGCCUCUAGCUUUCUUCUACUACUGGACCACCAUCCCCCAAGGCAUGCACCGUCAUUGGGGUGUCACGAGUGCGGCCGAUCUGCGGCUGGUUGACGUAGACGAGCGUCCUGUCACCAGCGGCAUAGCGAAUCUACAUAACCGAGUGGCAUCUAUCCCGUUAUUGGGUCGGUUUUACUUCAGCGAGGGUAUCCCAGGGUCUGUCACCAUCCUGGUAGACACUUACUAUGGUAUAUCGGUACGGCAGGGAGCAGCCAACGUGCCUAUCAACAUUUCCGCAGACAACUCCGCCCAGGCCGUGCUCUAUGCAUACAAAGUACCCGCAGCAGCCGACGCUCCUCAGCGCACUUGUAGGACCGACAUCGUCCGCAUGAACCGUAUCCCUGUCGGAUCAGCCCUUGAGCUGCUUCUCCUCUGA